CUCUAACCAAUUAAAUGGUAUUUUUCUUUACUAAUGCCACUUUUACAUGGAGUUAUCCACUUAUGAAUUACUUGACUAUAGGUGGAAAAAAUCAAGUGGAGGCUGCUAGGCUAUGACAAUAAUCCUACAAGACAGAGAAAAUGGUGCAACAUUUGAUAGAGAAAUGCCUAAUUUUUCAUAUGACUAAAGAGGAAUGCAUAGAGGCCCUUUCCAAGCAUGCAAAUAUCAAACCUGUCAUAACUAUUACUGUGUGGAAUGAGUUAGAGAAAGAGAACAGAGAGUUCUUCGAGGCAUACGCUAAAUCGCAUAACAAAAAUCGCACCACGGAGGCAGAGGCAAGUACGAUGAUUCAGAAAUUGAUAUUGGAUCGUGAUCAUACUAAAAAUUCAGACAAGGAAUCGUGUUGUUGAUUAUAAUGUUAAAAAGAAGUUAUGUUCAAACAAGAAAAUAUGUCAUGGUUCGAGGAGUCUAUGUGUCGCGUAUAUAGACCUUUAAGGGCAUGAUGGCCUAAGGCCCUAAGCAUCAAAGGUGAAGUCUGGAUCGACCUAAAAGAUGUCAACAGUUUGUGUAGCAAUAAAUCCUAUUGUAUUCAUUAUAUUCGUCAUGUGGUGCCAAACUCAAAAGGCAACCUCUCAAAAAUGUCAUUAGGUGAGUGUCAGAUCAUCCAAAAGUAUUACAGCUUUGGAGAAUUCGGCAUGGAUGUGACAACAUUUUAGAGAGUCAUAGCCAGACAAUAGUACCAUGUGGUACCUCAUUGAAAUGUUCACUAUGCUAUAUGCUAAUUCAAUCAGCUCUCCCCGAGCUGUCUUCUUGUGUUGUUGUAACAAAGAGUUCAUGUGAUGUGAUUUUCUUGUAAUUUAGCUUAUGCAGUGUUAACAUAGUGGGGGCUACUUUGUUCAUUUUCACAUCUCAAUCAUGCCCCUCUUCAUUCGGAAUCAGCCUCUUUACCUACUCUAUCAUCUCCACACCUUACUUGUAAAUUUUCACUCUCUAUAUUAUUGUUAAUUAUGCACUUUUUGG